GGUGCUGUCAGUGGUCGGACGCCAACUCGCCGGGAAUGGCCAAACAUAAGAUGCAUUUCAAGCUGCUGGUCAGGCGUCCCAUCCUCCCCAAUCCUCUGUCCCAUAUAUUCUACCGCCCUCCUUAACCCCCCACCGCCGUCAUCUCAUCAUGCCCUUCCCCGACAUUCCUGCCCAGUUUCCUCCAAAGCUCAACUACCAGCAACAGUCCAUUGAGGUACCAGGUACAAAGCGACCCGGACAGACAGGGCAUUAUCGAAAUGGUGUAUUCCCGUUCAUUACACUCGAUACACCAGACACCUUCGUCAACCUGCUAGAAGUCUUUGAGUCUGGUUUGCGUCGUAGCGGAAAGGACGCCAACUGUCUUGGUCACCGUCCAUUGCUAUCUGUCAAUCCCUUAAAGUUCGCCGACCAUUUUGUUUGGCAAUCCUACGGCACGGUCGAUGCCCGCCGACGCGCAGUGGGCAGCGGGCUCCUGAAGUUGUUUAAUGAUGGCGUUCUACCCGCUGGUACCCUUAAAACGGUCGGAGUCUGGAGCAAGAAUUCUCCUGGCUGGCAGAUCGUAGAUCUCGCCAUACAAGCAUACGGCUUGGUCGGUGUCAGCCUUUAUGAUACAUUGGGGAAGGAUGCUGUCGAGUACAUUAUUAAUCAUGCAGAAACAUCCAUUAUCUUUGCGGCUAUUCAACACAUUCCUUCUUUGCUCAAGUUAUGCUCUCGGACGUCGGGAGUGAAGAUAAUUGUUUCACUCGACGACUUUACAGAUGAGACAAGACCCAUAUUGACUGCUUGGGGCCAGGAGAGGAAUAUCAAGAUCAUGGACUUCGCAGAACUGGAAGAACUGGGCAGGAAUAACCUCGUCGACUUGCAGCCCAUCAACGCUGAUACCAUCGUGACGAUAUGCUACACAUCUGGCACGACAGGUAACCCUAAGGGUGUCCUUCUGACUCACGGCAAUCUCGCUAAUGCGGUCCACGCCAACGUCACCGGAGUGAACCUGGACGGCGAGACUCCACGGCUUUUGUCAUAUCUCCCCUUGGCACAUAUUUUCGAGCGUCAACAAGAACUCAACAUGAUCGCUCUCGGAGGUAGUAUCGGUUUCGGAACGGGAGACCCAUUGCGUCUUUUGGAAGACCUUCAGACUCUCAAACCAAAUUUCAUCCCUUCCGUUCCCAGAGUCCUGAAUAGGAUCUUCCAGGCAGGUCAGGCUGCUGCUUUAACACCGGGGUUGAAGGGCUUCCUCUUCAAGCGCGCUCUGGAGACCAAGUUGCAGAGGCUGAAGACCACCGGAAGUCACACCCAUGCGUUCUGGGACCGUCUCGUCUUCAGCAAGAUUCAAGCUGUCUUGGGAGGGAACCUCAAAUUCAUCGGGUGUGGUUCUGCACCAAUCAGCGCGUCCACGAUGGAGUUCCUACGUGUUGCGCUAGCGUGUGAUAUCAUUGAAGGUUACGGUAUGACGGAGAACUGUGGGACUGCUACUCGUGUCUGGCCGAAUGAUCCCACGUCAGGUGGCACCGUUGGUGCACCUCACGCUAAUACUGAACUCAAAUUGAUUGACGUUCCUGCUAUGGGUUACUCAAGCGAGGAUAAGCCUAAUCCUCGUGGUGAGAUCUGCCUCCGUGGUGAUCAUUGCUUUAUUGGAUAUUACAAGGAUGAGGUCAAUACCAAGGCCACGCUGGAUGAGGAAGGCUGGACCCACACCGGUGACGUCGGAGAACUCGAUAGUUGCGGUCGCCUCAAGAUUAUCGACCGUGUCAAGAACAUCAUGAAACUCGCGCAAGGCGAGUACGUCGCUAUCGAGCGUGUAGAAUCUCUCUAUGCCGCAUCACCCAUUGUCUCACAAGUCUUCGUUUACGGUGACGGGCUCCAGUCCUACCUCCUGGGUGUCAUCGUGCCUGAACCUAUUCAGCUCGCUGUGCUCGCGUCCAACGUUUGGGGAACCAAGGUCUCACCAGAGGAUGAGGCCAAGCUCCUCCAGGCCACAAAAGAUUCUAAUGUCCGGGCUGCUAUCAAGGCCGAGCUCGACAAGGAGGCUGUCAGGAACGGCCUCAAAGGGUACGUCUUGCAUUCAGAUCUUUCACUCGAGAGAGUCUUAUUGACUUUGUUCCCGACCAACAGGUUCGAGCGGAUCAAGCGUUUCCACGUCACUUUGGAGCCCUUCACCGUCGAGAAUAAUUGCCUUACCCCGACACUGAAGAUCCGCCGGAAGGAUGCGUACCUGAAGUUCAAGGCAGAGCUUGAUAGUUUGUAUGCUUUGGGCGAGCCCAAGCUUUGAUGCCCGAACGAAGUGUCGGUUAUGCAAUGGGCGGAUAAUCCCGUCUACGGAAACUUGUAGAUGUUGUAGAAAAUCUACACUAUGCUCCCGUAUAUUUGUCUUUACUUGUACGUCAUUAUCUGAAUACCCAAUGGGGAAGAUUUUGGGACCUCUUUCUAUUGAAAUGAUCUAUUCUACGCCUGGUGUGCAAUUAGCUGCAUCGACCUACAGACUCACAGUGUGCAGACCGAUCGACCAUGAAUAUCCGUGUUGUUCUUCCAUCUCCCCGUCUCGAUUUCUACACUACGUGUCAUACAUCGUUCCAACUACGUACAUACAAAGGAGACAAUAUCGAAACAAGAGUUAGAGAUGGCAUUU